AUGAUCCAUCCGAGAUGUUCCAGGAAUUUGACCGUAAAAGGUCACAAGAUCAUCUACGUAGCCUGCAAUCAAGAUCCUUCAAGAUCUUUGAAGACCCAGUAUGGAUUUGUGAAAAGAUUUCGGAAGGAGAAUGAGUCACUCAAGACAAAUAAAUCAUUCCCUGCAACACAGCAUGUGAACAGAGGAGCUUGUGUAGAAAUAUCUACAUUAGAGUUUACUUUGAGACCAUUUAGUUUGAAAACUAUGCUAAAUGAUAAACAGAUGAAAGAGAUAAGUCAAGAAUGUGAGGCCAUAUGGCCAAGAAAAGACCGCCAUUUACCCGUCUUCAAACUCAUAUUACCAGUCAGAAUGCCUUCUGCUCAGAAAAUCAUGAAAAAGCUUGUCACGAAGUACAAAAUUGUACAGUACAAAAUCAGUCAGUCGGUCUGGGAGGUUAUUAAAGCAACAGUGGACAGUUCCAUGUUCCACGGAGUACAGGUCAAAACUGACUUGGCUGCAGGGAAGGUCUACCUGGUUGGCAAGUCCAAGAAAGUAACAGAGAUGAAACCAAAUUUAAGAAACCUGUUAAAAAAAAACACAAGAGCAAUUAAAAAAAAGAAUCAAAGAUUGACUGUGGUUGUACCCAUGUCCCCGGCCCACUAUCGGGUUAUGUAUAGGAGCGGCCUAGAGAAUAAGAUGGCGGAGACGUUCCCAGAGCUGAAGAUUGAUUAUAAUGCAGAAGCAAGUGAGAUUCAGAUAUCAGGGCUGGGAUCGGAGGUUCUCACUGCCAAAUGUAAGAUAGACAACAUACAGCAACAAAUGAAAACAAAAUCUCUCCAGCUGAAUCGCCACCUUGUCCAGUUCCUGAUGUUGUCCGAUGGAAAGCUGGGCAGUCGCCUUUUUGUACCUCACAGCAUUAAUGCAUUGCUGGAAAUAGAUGACAAUGCUGUUAAACUUAUUGCUUACUCAGAGGAAGCCUUGAAAAAAGCAGAAGAGCAAAUUAAAGAUAAAAUAAUGUGUAGACGUAUCAUUGUUAAAGGGAAGAGUCUCCUUGAAAGUCCUGAAUGGAAAAGUCUAUUCUCACAGUUGAACGCAGAGAUAUGCAGAGUUCAAAUACUGGAAUUUCCUUCUAUAGCCAUGAAUGAUGUGGUCAUCAGUGGCCUAACAUCAAAUGUAAAAAAGUGCCACCAAAAAGUUAGUGAAUUUCUAAGGAAUAACAUCAGGAUACGAACAGAUCAUACAGUUGAGUCAAGGGUAAUGAUGAAGUUCCUUGAGGACAGAAGGAGGGACAUUUGGGGGAAGAUAGAUAAAAAAGUAGAUGUGACGGAGAACGGGGACAGGAUGUGCUUGUCAGGCCCAAGGGUUCACGUUCAAGAGGCAGCGUUGCUCAUCAAGAACUUUCUGUCCUCACUUCAUUGUGAUACCCUGUGCAUCGAUAAACCAGGAGCCAAAAAAUUUUGCAUGACCAAUGAAAAAGUUCUAGUCGCAUUUGCAAAGGAAUUGAACUGUGCAAUACAUUUAGAGGAGACUUGUAGAAAAGACUCUGUACUCGGUGACCCCAGAUUCCAAGUGAAACUUCCAAAAGGGUUGACCAUCGCCAUAUACAAAGAUGACCUGUGCCGUCACAAAGUAGAUGUCAUUGUCAAUGCAGCCAAUGAACAUCUACAACACUUUGGUGGCUUGGCAAAAGCCAUUCUAAAUGCAGCUGGACUUAAACUUCGAAAGGACUGUGACAGGAUCAUCAAGACCAAUGGUAGACUGUCCCCUGGAGACUCAGUAAUCACUGAUGCUGGCAACUUGCCGUGUAAACAGGUCAUACAUACCGUCGGCCCCCGAUGGUCAGCGAGUUCACAUUCAAGUUGUGAGCAUCUUUUACAGAAGGCCAUCACCACUAGCUUGCAGCUGGCAUCGAAGAACAAUCAUUGUUCAAUAGCAAUCCCAGCAGUCAGCUCUCGCAUUUUUGCUUUCCCACUGAAGUCAUGCAUUAAGAAUAUAAUGGAAGCACUACAUGUCUAUGUGGAGAGCCAACAGACCACUCUUCAGAGAAUACAUCUGGUGGACAUGAAUGAGGAAACCGUUAAAGAAUUCUGUGAAGCUACUAAAGUCAAAUUUGGUAACCAACCUAAUGCUGUUCCACCUAAAGCAUCAGAGAUCCAACAUGACGUUAAAAUAAAGGAUGAUGAGAAGCCCCGGGUACAAGUAAUAGCAGGCAAUGAGAAUGCAGUGAUGACCAAGGAAGGGAUUGUCAUCAAACUGCUUCAGAAGAAAAUUGAAGACUGUACGGCAUUCUCAAGCCAACUGGCAAAGUACUCUGAAGCUACUACCAACGAGACUACCAACCAAAAACCAGCUGGGACAGAAUCAACUUUCUUUGGAGCAGUGACAACUCCGUCACCAGAUGUUCAUGAAAUGACAGUUGGAUCUGUCACUUAUCAGGUGAAGAUUGGAGAUAUAACCACAGAGGAUGCAGAAAUGAUUGUCAAUUCUUCCAACAGCAGUUUUACCCGGCGUGAAGGUGUUUCUCAGGCCAUCCUUGAAGCUGCUGGAACAGAGGUUGAAGAGUCUGCCAGAAAACUUGGUGCCAAGCCUAACAAGGGACAUGUCAUCACUCCGGCUGGAAACCUCAAACAUUGUAAAUGGAUUCUCCAUGUAGCCGGCGCGAACCAGCCAGCAAUCAUCAAGAGACUUGUCCUGGAAGCCCUGCAGGAGUGUGAGGAGCAUCAGGCCACCUCCGUGGCUUUCCCCGCUUUAGGAACCGGUGCAGCCAGAAUAAAGGCCUCAGCAGCAGCUGAUUCAGUCUUUGAUGCCGUGGUGGAUUUCACCAAGUCAAAGCCGGUCAGCUCUCUUAAGACCGUGAAAGUGGUUCUACUCCAGGGAACUGUGAUGAAAGAUUUCUGUGAGAGUAUGAAGAUGCGACAUGAGACCACUCCGCCCCAACCCCAACCCAUCUACCCAGGGCAGACCGAUUUAUAUUUCUAUCUUGCAGCUUUCUUUGGGGAAGUGACAACCCCAUCACAUGGUGUUCAUGAAAUGACAGUUGGAUCUGUCACUUAUCAGGUGAAGAUUGGAGAUAUAACCAAAGAGGAUGCAGAAAUGAUUGUCAAUUCUUCCAACAGCAGUUUUACCCGGCGUGCAGGUGUUUCACAGGCCAUCCUUGAAGCUGCUGGAACAGAGGUUGAAGAGUCUGCCAGAAAACUUGGUGCCAAGCCUAACAAGGGACAUGUCAUCACUCUGGCUGGAAACCUCAAACAUUGUAAAUGGAUUCUCCAUGUGGCCGAUGCAAACCAGCCAGCAACCAUCAAGAGACUUGUCCUGGAAGCCCUGCAGGAGUGUGAGGAGCAUCAGGCCACCUCCGUGGCUUUCCCCGCUUUAGGAACCGGUGCAGCCAGAAUAAAGGCCUCAGCAGCAGCGGAUUCAGUCCUUGAUGCCGUGGUGGAUUUCACCAAGUCAAAGCUGGCCCGCUCUCUUAAGACCGUGAAAGUGGUUCUACUCCAGAAAACUGUGCUGAAAGAUUUCCAUGAGAGUAUGAAAAAGAGAUAUGAAACCGUUCCACCCCAACCCGAACCCAUCUACCCGGGGCAGACUGGUGAGUUGAGUGCAGCCAGAAUAAAGGCCUCAGCAGCAGCGGAUUCAGUCCUUGAUGCCGUGGUGGAUUUCACCAAGUCAAAGCUGGCCCGCUCUCUUAAGACCGUGAAAGUGGUUCUACUCCAGAAAACUGUGCUGAAAGAUUUCCAUGAGAGUAUGAAAAAGAGAUAUGAAACCGUUCCACCCCAACCCGAACCCAUCUACCCGGGGCAGACUGUUGUAGAAAGUGGAAUGGAAGUAGAGAAGCCAGUGGAACAAGAAGUAGGGAAGCCAGUUCCGAAGUUGAGCUCCUUUCAUAUGGUAAUUGGCGUUGAGCCUGUGAUAUUCAGCCUGUGCGCCAAUGAAAAGGAGAAUCUGAACAAAACCAAGACAUGGCUACAAGAGUUCAUAAAAUCUGCACAGACAGAGAAGGUGAUCACUGAAGAAUGUGUCGUUGAAAUAGAAGAAGCUGAUAAGCAGAAAAUAUUCGACCUCCAGAAAACGUUCCAGGUCUCAGUCACUUACAAACCACCCGACCCCUCCAUCCAGAUUGUGGGCCUUACCCAAGAUGUCAUGUCUGUGUCCGAGGAAAUUACAGUUAUUCUAAACCGAAUUAAAGAAAAUAAAAACAGAGCGCGGGCAGCUGAGAAAGAAAAAGAAUUAAAAAAACGGGCAGCUGAGAAAGAAAGAGAAAUCAGAGGGCAGGCAGCUGCGAAAGAAAAAGAAUUCCAAGAGCGGACAGCUGAGAAAGAAAGAGAAUUCCGAGAGCGGACAGCUGAGAAAGAAAAAGAAUUCCGAGAGCGGGCAGCUGCGAAAGAAAGAGAAUUCCGAGAGCAGGCAGCUGCGAAAGAAAGAGAAUUUAGAGAGCAGGCAGCUGAGAAAGAAAAAGAAAUCAGAGAGCGGGCAGCUGAGGAAGAAAGAGAGCGUGCAGCUGAGAAAGAAAAAGAAUUCCGUGAGCGGGCAGCUGAGAAAGAAAAAGAAAUCAGAGAGCGGGCAGCUGAGGAAGAAAGAGAGCGUGCAGCUGAGAAAGAAAAAGAAUUCCGUGAGCGGGCAGCUGAGAAAGAAAAAGAAAUCAGAGAGCGGGCAGCUGAGGAAGAAAGAGAGCGGGCAGCUGAUAAAGAAAGAGAAUUCCGUGAGCGGGCAGCUGAGAAAGAAAAAGAAAUCAGAGAGCGGGCAGCUGAGGAAGAAAGAGAGCGGGCAGCUGAGAAAGAAAGAGAAUUCCGUGAGCGGGCAGCUGAGAAAGAAAGAGAAUUCCGUGAGCGGGCAGCUGAGAAAGAAAGAGAAUUCCGUGAGCGGGCAGCUGAGAAAGAAAAAGAAAUCAGAGAGCGGGCAGCUGAGAAAGAAAGAGAAUUCACAUUGCGGGCAGCUGAGAAAGAAAGAGAAAUCAGAGAGCGGGCAGCUGAGCUCCUCGGUAAGGUGGUGGAAUGGAGAUACGAACUUAAGGACAAUAUGGUUCCCUUCAAUAAGACAACAAACUUGGAUCUGGAGGAGGCAAAAAAUGGAAAUAAAAGCCAAAUCACCAUCGAGAGCCAAGGAAACCCAAUCACAGUCAACUUACAUAAGGAAACUGCCACAGACAGGCAGGGAAACCAAAUCCGGAUCCAACGUGUCAUUAAAAAUGAAGAGGAUUAUCUCCAGGUACCUCUGUGCUGGAAACCAAUGGAUAAUGCUCUAGUGAUGGAGGUGGAGGUCCCAUCUGGAAGUCCUGAAUAUUUAGAGGUUGAGCAGAAGUUCCGGAAAAGCUGCUAUACCAAAAUUCUGAAGAUUCUACGUGUACAGAACAGGAACCUCUGGCUGAACUACCAGAUAAAGAAGCAUCAAAUGGACACCAAGAACGGCUCCACCAACAACGAGAUGACGCUCUUCCAUGGAACUGACCCCAACUCCAUCCAGCAUAUUAACCAUCAUGGAUUCAACCGGAACUAUGCAGGGAGAAACGCUGCAGUUUAUGGAAAUGGGACUUACUUUGCAGUAAAAGCAGAUUACUCCUCAAACAACACCUAUUCCAAGCCUGAUGUAGGUGGACAGAAGCACAUGUACCUGGCUCGUGUUCUCACCGGGGUCUACAGCCCUGGGGCACAGGGGAUGGCGGCUCCUCCAGCUAAAAAUCCAGCCAAUCCCACUGACCUGUAUGACAGCGUCACUAAUAGCAUAACAUACCCUACAAUGUUCAUCAUAUUCAAUGACAUCCAGGCCUACCCGGAGUACCACAUCAUCUUCUAGUAAUGAUCUUCUCUCUACAAAUCUCUGAAAUUUCCUGUUUUAAGGAGUCUUAUCUUUUCUUUCUAAGCCUGUGAUACACUGUCAAGGACGCAAGACCACAGCGACUA